GUGUGAGGCAGUGUUGAGACAAAUUCCGUGGCAGUUAGAAAGUUGAACUGGCUGCCAAGAUGGAGAGGAAGGAACAAACCAUGACCUUUUACAGUCCUGAGGUCACCAAAAUAAAGGGGGACCUGAGAUACCAACGGCCUACCCUUCCUACCAACCAACAAGCCAUAUCGGCCCAGAAGCGACAGCAGUAUGUGAAUGAGGCUUGCACCUACAUCCGGAUGUUCUGUGGUAGCCUCUCUGGCUUUAGUGUCUUGCUACUGAUCUGCACAUCCCCGCUGAACUUGGUGCAGUUCCUGGUGAACAACAAUGGCCUUGAGCUCAAAGCAGGACUCUGGACCUUAUGCUACCAUGAGCUGUGCUGGAGCCACACACCCAAGCCACCCUAUUAUCUCCAGUAUUCCAGAGCCUUGUUCGUUAUCUCUAUCCUCUUCAUGCUUAUUGGCCUUGGCUUGCUCUUGAGCUCUUGCCGCCCUGCAGAAAGAAUGAUGUCCGCCGAGUUGGAUCUGAAGGUGUCCAUGCUCAGCCUCUGCUCAGCUGUCAGCUUGCUCCUCUGCCUCAACCUGUUUCUGGCACAGGUUGAAUUGUACACAAAGAAUGCCAUGGAGUAUGAGUUCCUGUGGACCUACUACCUUAGUUGGUGCAGUGAGGUCUUAUAUAUCUGUGUUGGGAUCAUCUCUUUUCUCAACUACAUAACUUUCCAAUUCCAUCCUCCUGAUGAGGGUGUCAGCGCAGAUCUAUGGCAGAAGUCCAGGCUGGGCAUUGGGCCAGUGCCAAAAACACUGUCUGCUCCAGCUGAAAGGUCACAUUCUGAGAUGCAGUUUUUAAGUGGGAGACAGGAAAAACUACGGAAUGUGAGAAAGGGAAAACUAGCUACCACAAGACUGUGAUAGGAUGACGGAAGGCUAAAUCUGCUGUCUUAAACAUAGAGAGGGUGAGGUCAGAGAGAAGUGAUGGUGAACUUCGAUGAAACCUUCUGAUAUCAUGUCUUUAAUAGCAUGAAACCUAACGAAAUGUCUUUUGUGUGCACCACAUCCAAAAUAUGUAAGACAAUUAUAGAGAAAGGAAUGGAGGGCUGGAGAAAUGGCUCAGCAGUUAGCAGUGCUGGCAGCACAGUCAUGCGGUUCAGAGUUGGAAUCCCAGCACCCACAUAACAAGCCUCCUCGAAGACCAGGUGGAGAUGAGGAGAUGGGACAUCAGCAUUCUCUUUUGGAGCGUGAGCAUGCACACAUAAAUACGUCUUGAAAAUAAAAGAGAAGGUAGUGA